AUGAAUUUGUUAGGUAGUGCGGAAAGGGGGGGGGGUGCGGCUGGCGAGCUAGUUUUCCAAAAGCACUCGCCCGCCGAUAUCUUAGCUCCAAGCCCUUCUGGCCCAAGUGCAUUGGUACGCCCCUCGACCCUUCCGGCACGAGACCUACCCAGGAGCAUGCAGAUUGUGGUUGUCCUGUCCUUGCUGGCCGUGGUGUCGUGCAAGUAUGUGAUACCACCUUUGCAAACCCUGCUCGAAGAGCUUGAAGGACCGGAGAUCUCGACACGAAGCACCUUGGAGGAAGCGGCGUUCUCGCAACCUUCGCAUCCGAAGCUGGUGCAGGUAGAGGGCAUGUUUAACCGUGCGUUGGACCAGAACAUCGGCUUCCAGAAUGACAUCGUCUCCAACUACACCAUGAGCCCUGAGAUGGAGAGCUACUGGCCACUUUUCAUGGAGACGCUGCAGAAGGACGUGGAGUACAUUCCUGCAGUCCAGCGGAAGCUGAAGCCCUAUCGGUCACAGGUGGUGAAGAUUGACAUCACUGAGGAGGAGGCCGCCGCGUUGCGGGAGGAGAUGGACCAAGUCUCCGAGUUCCAAAGGCUUCUGCGAGCAAGGCUGAACUUCAAAGGCUUUACGACCCUGGAUGCCGAGUUCACACUGGCAGCCUUCUUCCACCCCACGGCGGUGAAGAUCCUUAAGCGGAACAUGGCGAUGAUCAAGGCCUACAACCCGGGUGUGAAGAUCGUGCAGGUCAACACUUUCCGACACAAGGUGGGCAUGCCGAUUGGCGACUCCGAUGGCGUGCACUGCACGUUCUCAUCAAUGCCAGCGGACGCCGAGCUCUGCGUGUCAGAGUCCUUUCCCAGCCAGGUGAAUUUUCACGUGGCGCUGAGCCCCGUGACGCAGGGCUCGAAGCCCUUCCUUGUGUGGGAGACCCCCACCGUGCAGCGGAUGACACCGAACUACGCCUACAAGUCGCUCUUAGAGGGUGGCUAUAUCGACGACUCCAACCGAGACUUGAUGCAAAAGGCCCUCUUCCUCGGCACCUACCCGCACUUCUCCAACAGGACGGACCGGAAAUUGGCCAACUUUGCCGCGAACUUCUUCAACGUCCACCUUUGGUCCAUGCGGCAUCGGGCCGACCCUGCCCAGGUGCCUGGCCAAUACGCCGCCAUUGACGUGGGAGAGGCGCUGGCCUUCGAUGCCUUUCAGAAGCACGCCGGCGUCGUCUUCAACAUCACCGAUGACCGGUACUCCAUGGUGUUCCGCACCUCCGGAAGUGCCCUCGAGGGCGACGAUGUCGUAACCAACCAUCCCCACCUCUACAAGAACGAGCAGGACAGCCUCUACAUGGAGAAGGCCCUGGGUGCAAUGGAGGAGAUCUUUGGCUACAAUGUGCGGGAGAAGAUCUUCGAGGAUGGGGCGAACGGGAGGGGCAGCGCUGACUUCACCGCCAUCAGCGUGGAGCCGCGACCUGGCGCCGUGUCGAUCGACGGCAUGCUGCGCCACUUCGAAGCCGCCAAGGGCUUCUUUGCGCAGAGGCCCCUCGUGCUCUCCGAGGAGGCGGUGCGCAAGAUCGUCGAGGCAGAGGCCAUGCAGGUCUGA